UGUGUGGGGAUAAUCUGCCAAAACAAAUGUAAUCAAACCUGAAAAACUAAUUUACCAAAUCCCAGCCAAACAGAGCCUAAGAAUUUCAGUUAGGCCAGAAGAGUCCCCAGCGCCCAAAAUUCCCGCCAAUCCCAACGGUCAUAAUCAAAAGAGCCCCCUUUAUGCCCCGAUACAUACACAUUGCCCUAAGUUCUCGCCCAAUUUUGCUCCAAAUUUCAUUUUAGCACAACAAUUUUGUUCUAAAUUUGGGGCUGAGAAACCCAGCCCCCAUUUCCACUCCAAAUUUAGCUCAACUUUCCAACCCCAAUCAGCUUCUCUCUGCCCCUAUCUCUCUCUCUCUCUCUCAACCAACGAAAAAUGGAGGUCAUCAUCGCAUCUCGGCCACCUUGACCCCCACAUUUUCUUUUUCCUUUCCCAAAAGCUCAUUCUAGGGUUUCUUCCCCCAAUCUUUCAUUUUGGGGGGUUUUUCAUUUUUUGCCCUAGAAUUUGCUUCAGCACUUGAAGUCCCUUUAACCCAAUUCAUCACAAGCUUCAUGUUCAGCUCUGCAGCAUAGUACUCACUAGUAAAAAUGGGGAUGAAGUUUUCAAGGCAAGUGCCUGGGAAGAUGGAAAGCCUGACCAUACAACACAAACUGAUCAAUUGUCUGAGUAAAAGCUUUUACAUCCGUAACUUGGUGUCGAAGCAACGGAGGCGAAUGCUUGUUGCUGGUUAUGAUCUUGACAUGACCUACAUCACGGAUCGCAUAUUGGCAAUGUCAUUCCCUGCAGAACGAAUGCGGGCAAUGUAUCGUAAUCCACUCUGGCAGGUCAAGUCUGUGCUCGACAUGAGACACGCAGAUCAUUAUAAGAUCUAUAACCUUUGUAUAGAAGAAAAUUAUGAUCCAUCUCAUUUUUAUGGUCGCGUGGAGAGGUUUCCUUUUGAUGACAAUCAUGUUCCACCUCUUGACUUGAUGAAGCUCUUCUGUGAAAAUGUGGAUUCAUGGCUAUCGCACAAUCCAAAGAACAUUGCUGUUAUACACUGCAUGGCAGGCAAAGGUCGAACAGGCUUAAUGGUAUGUGCCUACCUAGUCUACUGUGGGAUCUCAGCAGAGGAAGCUCUUGAAUUGUAUGCUCAAAGGCGGACCAUAAAUAAUGAAGGAGUCUCAAUACCGAGCCAACGCCGUUAUGUAGGAUAUUGGUCACAUUGUCUUUCUUUUCAUCCUGAAGUUGAUGAUGGACCUCCCUCUGUGAAUUUACCUCCGCCAUGUAGCCGAGAACUGCGAAGAAUCCGAUUUUAUGACACAGUUAACAUUGACAAAAUCUUCUUUGUGGUCUUGGAGUUGAAAGAGAUUUCCGGUCAGAUUUAUCGUCCAUCACUAGAAGUUGCUAGGAGCUCCUGCAAACAGAUUAAGAAAGGAUAUCAGAGAACAAGCAGUCCUCGAUAUUAUCUCUCUUUUGUUGAAGGUGAUGGGGAAGACAAGAAAUCAGAACAAGAAAAGCCUCAUGUUGUAGUUCAAAUGGAUACAGAAAGUUCCAUCCUAUACCAGAAGGCCUGUCUUGAAUAUUACUUUGAUAAGCCUGUACAGGUAACUGGAGACAUACGUGUCAUAUUUUAUCAAAAAAUGAAUGGAGGGCGUCUCUUCUAUGCUUGCUUUAACACAGCUUUCAUAAGGAACAGCUUGCUACAGCUCACUGUGCCGGAUUUGGAUAAAAUGGGGAAGAAAGGAAGAUCGAUAUGUGGCCCUGCCUUCUGCUUGGAGUUGCUAUUUGGUCCUGCCAAUACUACACAAUCAUUCUUAAAUACAUCUGACAAUCGUGAUUUUCUUUAAGUCUUAACACGGGAUCGUUUAAUAGGGGGAAUGACUCUCAUUCUGACUCACAAGCAUUGAUCCACUUGAUAAAACCCUGCAGUGUUUCGGAACUGAAACAGUAGUCUACAUACAAACAAAAUCAUUGUCCUCCUGCGUUCUUGCCAUCUAAUUUUUCAUUGGCAGAAAGAAAGCAAUAGGAACAAGAAAAAGUUUUGUAUCAUAGUACU